AUGCGGGUGUUGGCGCUGAGCUCGCUAAUCGUCUCGGCCUUGGGAGGCCAUGCGCGCCGGCCGAGUGCACGAGGCCUCUGGUCGGCCUUUGCCGACGGCCUCGCGGACGCCACGUACAUUGAUUUGACGCACACGCUGACGCCGACGACGCCGGUUUGGAGCGGCGACGCGACGAACAAGUCGUCGGGCGCUCCGUUCGCGUGGGCGACCGACGGGUUCGCUGCCAACGCGUACGAGCUCCAUACCGACAACAUUGGCACGCAAUUGGACCCGCCCGCGCACUGGGACCCAGCGUACCCGGCGAUCGACGAGCUCCCGCCGACGUUCGCCGUGCGCCCGCUCGUCGUGCUCGACAUCGUUGACAAGGUCAAGGCCGAUGCUGGCUACCAGCUCCAAGUCGACGACAUUUUGAGCUGGGAAAAGCAGUUCAAGACCAAGAUUCCGAAAGGCGCGGUCGUCUUUAUCCGCUCCGACUGGUCCAAGCAGUGGGAUACUGUCCCGCCGACCGAGCUCGCGGCGCAGUUUCCGUUUCCCGGGCAGUCGUUGGCGUCGGUGCAGUUCCUCCAUCUCAACCGGUCGAUUCUCUUUCAUGGGCAUGAGCCACUGGACGCCGACACGACCCCGACGCUCGAGACCGAGGGCUGGCUGCUCACAAACGGCUACACGCAGGCCGAGGGGCUCACCAAUCUGCACCUCGUCGCGCCGGCCGGCUGCCUCGUGAGCAUCUCGUACCCGAAGCUCCGCGGCGGCCUCGGUGGGUUUGCUCGGUUCAUCGCCAUCUGCCCGGCGUCGUGGCCGCACGGGCGUCGCAUUGCAUCGACACCCGAAGCACCCAUGCUCAAAGAAACGGCGCCGCUCGUCUACUAUCCUGGCCACGGCUACCUCCGGGCGCCGCCCUCGUCGUCGACCGGCAACGCCACGACGACGACGACGACGACGACGACGGACAAAGCUGCGUCGUGCCACGACCUCCGCCUCUGGAAGACGUUUACAAAAGCGUUUGCCCGUGCCAAGCACAUUGACUUGACGCACACCAUGUCGCCAGAGACGCCCGUGUGGUCGGGGUUUCGGACGCCGCCGGCGCAGUUUCGGCGCGCCAAAAACACAACGUCCGGCGCGCCCUACACGUGGGCAACCGACGGGUUCGCCGGCAUGGACUACCGCUUCGAGACCGACCAGUUUGGCACGCAAUUGGACCCGCCUGCGCACUGGCACCCCGACUACGCGGCGAUCGACGAGCUCCCGCCGACGUUCGCCGUGCGCCCGCUCGUCGUGCUCGACAUCGUCGACAAGGUCAAGGCCGAUGCGGGCUAUCAGCUCCAAGUCGACGACAUUUUGAGCUGGGAAAAGCAGUUCAAGACCAAGAUUCCGAAAGGCGCGGUCGUCUUUAUCCGCUCCGACUGGUCCAAGCAGUGGGAUACUGUCCCGCCGACCGAGCUCGCGGCGCAGUUUCCGUUUCCCGGGCAGUCGUUGGCGUCGGUGCAGUUCCUCCAUCUGAACCGGUCGAUUCUCUUCCACGGACACGAGCCGCUCGACACGGACACGAGCCCGACGCUCGAGUCGGAGGCGUGGCUUCUCCAGAACGGCUACACCCAAGCCGAAGGCGUCGCGGACCUUGACGGAGUGCCCGAAAUUGGCUGCCUCGUUCAAAUGGGCUUCCCCAAGCUUCGCGGUGGCCUCGGUGGCUACGCCCGCUACAUUGCCAUCUGCCCGCCGUCGACGCCCAUGGGUGUCGCCAUCAACGCGGAUGCUGAGACCCCGUUGCCCAAGCAAGCCAAGCUCUUGAGCUACGUCGAGGGCCAGGGGUACCUCCGCGUCUAGUCCGCUACGGCAACGUGGUGCUAAGCUCUUAUUGCAUCG